AUGGCUCAAGAGGUUGCUGCUACUAAUGCACAAGCACAAAAUCAGCAGGCUGCUGCUACUAAUGCAGAACCACAAAAUCCAAUACCCACACCUGCUGGUGAUGAUGAAGUUCUUGAGUUGGGAAAUCUCAAGAGUGACGUGUGGAAACACUUCACAAAGAUAAAGAAGGGAGAACUUAUCAAGGCUAAAUGUAACUAUUGCAAGAAGUUGCUUGCUGGUGAGUCCAAUAACGGUACUUCCCACUUGAGAAAUCAUUUGAGGACAUGUAUGCAAAAAAGGAUUCAAGAUGGGAAGCAAAAGGUACUUGGUAUCAACUUUGUCUCUAAGGGAAAAAGAGAAAUGGUUGCCACUCAGUUCAAUCAAGCUGUUUCUAAGCAAGAUCUUGCUGUUGCAAUUGUUAUGCAUGAAUACUCUUUGUCGAUUGUGGACCAUUUAUACUUCAGGAAAUUUUUGUCUAGCCUCCAGCCCUUGUUUAGUGUUCCUACUAGGAAUACUAUCAAAGCUGAAAUUCUUAAGAUAUUUGAGAGUGAAAGGAGCAGACUCAUGAAAAUGGUGGGUAGUAACAAGGGGAGGGUUGCCAUAACGACUGAUAUGUGGACAGCAAGCAACCAGAAAAAGGGUUACAUGGCUAUUACGGCUCAUUACGUGGACAAUUCUUGGAUUCUUCGAAAUCACAUACUUAGGUUUGCUUAUGUUCCAACUCCGCAUACAAGUGGUAGGCUGGCUAAAGUUUUGCACUGUAUGAUGGAUUGGAAUGUCGAUUCUAAGGUAUCAACUAUAACCUUGGAUAACUGUAGCACCAAUGAUUCCAUGAUUGAGAAGGUUAAGAAUAAAUUGGUGAUGCCUUAUUUGCUUAAGGGGGGUGCUUUAUUACAUAUGAGGUGUUCUGCACAUGUUCUAAACUUGAUAGUCAAAGAUGGGUUGGAUGUGCUUCGAGAUGGCAUUGAAACAAUUCGUGAUAGUGUAGCUUAUUGGACUGCCACACCUAAGAGAGUAGAGUCAUUUGAAGGAGCAGCAAAACAAUUGGAAUUUUCUUGUGUUAACAAGUUGAUUUUGGAUUGUCCAACUCGCUGGAAUUCAACCUAUCAUAUGCUUGCUGCUGCAAUACCUUACGAAUCUGUGUUUAUUAGACUGAAACAACGUGACUCUCACUAUAAUUGUUUGCCUACGAGUGAUCAUUGGGCAUUUGCAUCAAUUGUUUGUGAGAAGUUGAAAAUAUUUAGUGAGAUAUCUGAUUUGUUUUCUGGCACCAAGUAUCCCACUGCCAAUCUGUUCUUUCCAAAGAUAUGUGAUUUGAAGCUCAAACUUUGUGAGUGGCUCGUUGAUGAUCAUGCUAUGAUUUCUAAGAUGGCUGAAUUGAUGUGGGUUAAGUUUUGCAAAUAUUGGGAAGAUAUUCAUGAAAUAUUGGCAGUGGCUGUUGUGUUGGAUCUGAGAUAUAAGAUUCAUAUUGUUGAGUAUUAUGCUCCGAAGUUUCGAAUGGGUGAGUGUGUCUUGGAUGUGGUCAAAAUCAAGGAUAUUUUGAGUGAUUUGUUCAUGGAGUAUCAGACUAAACUGAAUAAGAAGUCCGGAGUUGCUUCUAGUGGUUCAAGUGGCCAGUCACUUGGUGGUUCUUCUUCUGUGGAUCUGGACUUUCAGCUGUUUGUACAGCAAAGAAAAAAGUCAAAAGGAACACCUACUCAAACUGAAUUAGAGAAUUAUUUGGCUGAGGAAGUCUUACCUUGGAGUGCUGAUCUCGAUGUUUUGUUAUGGUGGAAGCUAAAUGGGGCUAGGUAUCCUAUUUUGCAAGAGAUUGCAAGGGAUAUCCUUACUGUCCCUGUUACCUCUGUUGCAUCUGAAUCGGCUUUUAGCACUAGUGGUCGAUUGUUGGAUCCCAAUCGUUGCAAACUUCAUUAUAAAACUAUGGAGGCAUUGAUGUGUAGUAAAAGCUGGCUUCAAGAUUCAGUUUCGAUAGGAGCUGAUUCUGGAUCUUUGGAUGAGCUUUGUGCAUUGCUCAGUGAUGGAAAUCAUGAAGAUGACGUGGAAGAUCAACAAUUGCGGAGUGACAAAUAUGCAUUUAACUUGCUUGAAGAUUGA